AUGGAGGUUUACAAAGCAGGAGGAAGUCUUCGUUCAGAAAAACCCGAUCCUUUCGCAAAACAAGAAGAUGAUGGUUUCGAUUACUCUGCCCAGGCAAAUGCGAUGCAAGCUCAAGUUGACAAAAGAAAACUCAUGGAAAAACUGAAGAAAGAAAAGUUGGCAGCUCUUCGAGCGAAUCGACCGACUGGACAUGAUGGUUGGUUCGAACCACUAGGAAUUUACUUACCAAAGCCCAGCGCCUGUGAAAUCCCAGACACCUGCCCAAAAGAAGUCAAGUUUUUCCGCGAUCCAAUUUCCCGCCAGUGGAUUUCCGUCCGCCAAAUCGCCCCCGAUUUCGUUCGAAAAGACCGUCCCGGGGAAGAGAAGCCGACAGCAGAGACAUUUUUGGAACCUGCCCAACUGAAGGAGGAGGAAAUAUGA